CGUAGGUCGAUGCCGUAUGCGCUCAGUCAGUUGCGCGCCGGUCGGCUGUGUGGAUGGGUUUGUGUGGAUCGUUAUCGGUGGUUUUUGGUGUACAUUGACGGGUUUUUAUGCAAGUACUGGGAUAAAACGGUGUCGCAGGGUAUCCUCACAAGAAGGAGCGCCCUUUCGCAGGGUAAGAAACAAGUGAGUUGUUGGUCCUAUUGGCAAAAUGACGACCGACAUCUCGGUGGUGCGAGGGGUUUGGGACCCCACGUUACAACAAGAGAUUGUCGAUGAGUACGAAUACGACGGGGGAAACUCGAGCUCGAGACUUUUCGAACGUUCACGGAUCAAGGCGUUAGCUGGUGAACGUGAAUUGGUACAAAAAAAGACUUUCCAGAAAUGGGUAAACUCCCAUUUAGUUCGGUGUUCAUGCCGAAUCGGCGAUUUGUACGUCGAUCUCCGAGACGGGAAGAUGCUUAUAAAGCUGUUGGAAAUUCUGUCCGGAGAACGCUUGCCGCGACCAACAAAAGGAAAAAUGCGAAUUCAUUGUUUGGAAAACGUGGAUAAAGCCCUGCAAUUCUUGCGCGAGCAAAGGGUGCAUCUGGAGAACAUGGGAUCUCACGACAUAGUCGAUGGAAAUCCUCGUUUGAGCUUGGGUCUCAUCUGGACCAUUAUUCUCCGUUUCCAAAUUCAGGAUAUCACUAUCGAGGAAACGGACAAUCAGGAAACGAAAUCGGCGAAAGACGCUUUGCUUCUUUGGUGCCAGAUGAAGACAGCCGGGUACCACAACGUGAACGUACGGAACUUUACCACGUCCUGGCGCGAUGGCUUGGCUUUCAACGCGAUCAUUCACAAACAUCGUCCCGACUUGAUUCAGUUCGACAAGCUCUCGAAAUCGAACGCCAUUUACAAUUUGAACAACGCGUUCAACGUGGCCGAGGAUAAGCUCGGUCUCACGAAACUUCUCGAUGCCGAGGAUAUAUUCGUCGAUCAUCCGGACGAGAAAUCUAUCAUCACCUACGUGGUAACGUACUAUCAUUACUUCUCGAAAAUGAAACAGGAAACUGUUCAAGGUAAAAGGAUAGGCAAAGUAGUCGGCAUCGCGAUGGAGAACGACCGCAUGAUACACGAAUACGAAAGCUUGACUAGCGACUUGUUGCGCUGGAUCGAGGGCACUAUAGAGGCUCUGGGCGACCGUAGAUUCGCCAAUUCGCUGGUCGGCGUUCAAUCGCAGCUUUCACAGUUCUCGAAUUAUCGUACCGUGGAAAAGCCGCCCAAGUUCGUCGAGAAAGGUAAUCUCGAGGUGCUACUGUUUACUCUGCAGUCCAAGAUGCGAGCGAACAAUCAAAAGCCGUAUACACCGAAGGAGGGCAAGAUGAUCGCGGACAUUAACAAAGCAUGGGAGAGGCUGGAGAAGGCCGAGCACGAGCGAGAGUUGGCUCUGCGCGAGGAAUUGAUCCGUCAGGAGAAGUUGGAGCAAUUGGCAGCGAGGUUCAAUCGAAAAGCCAGCAUGCGAGAGACUUGGCUGUCCGAGAAUCAACGGUUGGUCUCGCAAGAUAAUUUCGGUUUCGAUCUUGCUGCGGUCGAGGCCGCGGCCAAGAAACACGAAGCCAUCGAAACCGACAUCUUCGCGUACGAGGAACGAGUUCAAGCGGUGAUGGCUGUUUCGCAAGAACUCGAAGCCGAAAACUAUCACGAUAUCGAGCGUAUCAACGCACGCAAGGAUAACGUUCUGAGAUUGUGGAAUUAUCUGAUAGAAUUGCUUCACGCUAGGAGAAUGAGAUUGGAAUUGUCUUUGCAGUUGCAACAGAACUUCCAGGAGAUGCUGUACAUCCUUGACAGCAUGGAAGAGAUAAAGAUACGCUUGCUAACCGAUGAUUACGGAAAGCACUUGAUGGGCGUGGAAGAUCUUCUACAGAAGCAUUCUCUCGUGGAAGCUGACAUCAACGUUUUAGGGGAAAGAGUGAAAGCUGUCGUUCAGCAGAGUCAAAGGUUUUUGGAACACGGGGAAGGUUAUCGGCCGUGUGACCCAACCAUCAUCGUCGAGCGCGUGCAGCAACUCGAAGACGCGUAUGCCGAACUGGUCCGUUUGGCCGUUGAACGUCGAGCUAGGUUGGAGGAGUCUCGUAAACUUUGGCAGUUCUACUGGGACAUGGCAGACGAGGAGAAUUGGAUAAAGGAGAAAGAACAAAUUGUAUCGACGGGAGAUAUUGGCCACGAUCUAACGACUAUAAACUUAUUGCUGUCGAAACAUAAAGCUUUGGAAAACGAAAUCCAAUCGCACGAACCGCAAUUGAUGUCCGUGGCCGCUGUUGGAGACGAGCUGGUUCGCCAGCAACACUUUGGCUCUGACCGCAUCCAAGAAAGACUUGAAGAGAUUCUGGGAAUGUGGAAUCAUCUUCUAGAUUUGGCUGCGUUCAGAAGAAAGCGUUUGGAGGAAGCUGUCGACUACCAUCAAUUGUUCGCAGAUGCCGAUGACAUCGAUAUUUGGAUGCUGGAUACCCUGCGACUGGUUUCAUCGGAAGACGUCGGUAGAGACGAAGCCAAUGUUCAGUCGUUGUUGAAGAAGCACAAAGACGUCACGGACGAGCUUAAGAACUAUGCUACCACCAUCGAUCAGCUUCAUCAACAAGCGUCGGGGCUUGGGGAGCAAGACGCCAAGUCAUCGGAAGUACUGGAGAGACUCGCUUCCAUAGACUCGCGAUACAAAGAACUGAUGGAGCUGGCCAAGCUGCGCAAGCAAAGACUGUUGGAUGCGUUGUCUUUGUAUAAGCUGUUUAGCGAAUCAGACGGAGUCGAGCAAUGGAUUGGUGAGAAAAAUCGUAUGUUGGAAACGAUGGUGCCUGCCAAGGACAUCGAAGACGUCGAGAUCAUGAAGCAUCGGUACAACGGCUUCGAGAAAGAAAUGUACGCGAAUGCCUCGCGAGUUGCCGUCGUGAAUCAACUGGCGAGACAAUUGUUGCACGUCGAACAUCCAAAUUCCGAGCAAAUAGUCGCUCGUCAGAACGAGCUGAACCAGAAGUGGGCCGAAUUAAGGGACAAGGCGGAGAAUAAACGCGACGAGCUGAAUUCCGCUCACGGUGUUCAGACUUUCCACAUCGAAUGUCGCGAAACUGUUUCCUGGAUCGAAGACAAGAAACGUAUCCUCCAGCAAACCGAUAGUCUCGAGAUGGACUUGACCGGUGUUAUGACUCUGCAGCGUCGACUGAGCGGAAUGGAACGCGACUUGGCAGCUAUACAGGCUAAAUUGGAUGCUUUGGAAAUGGAGGCUCAAAACAUUCAGCAGCAAAACUUGGAAGAUCCAGAGAUGAUUCGCGAGAGAAUUACGCAGAUCCAUACGAUUUGGGAGCAGUUAACUCAGAUGUUGAAAGAACGCGAUGCCAAGUUAGAGGAAGCGGGUGAUUUGCACAGAUUCUUGAGAGACCUCGAUCACUUCCAGACCUGGCUGACCAAGACGCAAACAGACGUUGCCAGCGAAGACACACCGACCACCUUGGCCGAUGCCGAGAAACUAUUAACGCAGCAUCAGAACAUCAAGGAAGAAAUCGACAACUACACCGAUGAUUAUCAGAAGAUGAUGGAGUACGGCGAGAGGUUGACCAGCGAGGCGGGUGACGGUGAUACACAGUACAUGUUCCUGAGAGAAAGAUUGAACGCUUUGAAAAUGGGUUGGGAGGAAUUGCAUCAAAUGUGGUACAAUCGGCAAAUCUUGUUGUCGAACUCGUUGAAUCUACAGGUCUUCGAUCGCGACGCUCGCCAGGCAGAGGUGCUUUUGUCUCAGCAAGAACACAUUCUCGCCAAGGACGAAACGCCAACCAAUUUCGAACAGGCGGAGCAUAUGAUCAAGCGUCACGAGGCCUUUAUGACGACGAUGGAUGCGAACGAUGAGAAAAUCAACUCUGUCGUGCAAUUCGCCGGAAGACUUGUCGACGAGGGUCACUUCGCGGCAGACAAAGUCAAAAAGAAGGCAGAGAACAUCAACGAUCGUCGCCGUAUCAAUCGCGAGAAGGCCAAUCAGUAUAUGGAGAAGCUGAAAGAUCAAUUGCAAUUGCAAAUGUUCUUGCAGGACUGCGAAGAAUUGGGCGAGUGGGUGCAGGAGAAGCAUAUCACGGCCCAGGAUGAAACUUAUAGAAGCGCGAAAACCGUGCACAGUAAAUGGACGAGACAUCAAGCCUUCGAGGCGGAGAUCGCGAGCAACAAGGACCGUCUGCAACAGUUGCAACAGGCCGCCGAAGAAUUAAUUAAACAGAAACCGGAUUUGGCCGAGAUCAUCAAACCCAAGGUGGCCGAAUUGGCCGAUCAGUUCGAGGAACUUGAAACCACCACUCACGAUAAAGGAGAACGUCUGUUCGAUGCCAAUCGGGAGGUUCUCAUACACCAGACUUGCGACGACAUCGAUUCUUGGAUGAACGAGCUGGAGAAACAGAUCGAGAGUACCGACACUGGUUCCGACUUGGCAUCUGUCAACAUCUUGAUGCAGAAACAACAAAUGAUCGAGACGCAAAUGGCGGUAAAGGCGCGACAGGUGACAGAGCUCGAUAAACAGGCAGAACAUUUGCAACGUACCGUUCCCGAUGAUAAGAUGGAAGAGAUUAAAUGCAAGAAGGAGAAGGUCGCGCAGAGAUUCGCUCAAUUGAAGGCGCCUCUGAUCGAUCGCCAGCGUCAUCUCGAGAAGAAGAAGGAGGCGUUCCAAUUUAGGCGCGACGUGGAGGAUGAGAAACUCUGGAUCGCUGAGAAGAUGCCGCAGGCUACCAGUACGGAGUACGGGAACUCUUUGUUCAACGUGCAUAUGUUGAAAAAGAAGAACCAGUCUCUCCGCACGGAAAUCGAGAAUCACGAGCCUAGGAUCAACUUGGUAUGCAAUAAUGGACAGAAACUGAUCGACGAGGAACACGAAGACAGCCCCGAGUUCCGAAAACUUAUAUCCGAGUUGACCGAAAAAUGGAAGGAGUUGAAAGAUGCCGUGGACGAUAGAAACAAGCAUCUGCUUCAAAACGAGAAGGCUCAGCAGUACUUCUUCGACGCAACCGAGGCCGAGUCCUGGAUGAGCGAACAAGAACUGUACAUGAUGGUGGAAGAUCGUGGCAAGGACGAAAUUUCUGCUCAGAAUCUGAUGAAGAAACACGAAUCGUUGGAGCACGCCGUUGAAGACUACGCGGAGACGAUCCGUCAGCUGGGAGAAACGGCCAGGCAGCUUAUCAACGAUCAGCAUCCUUUGGCUGAUCAGAUUGCCGUUAAACAGUCACAGGUGGAUAAGUUGUACGCCGGAUUGAAAGAUCUGGCUGGCGAACGACGAGCCAAGUUGGACGAGGCGCUUCAGCUGUUCAUGCUUAACAGAGAGGUGGAUGAUCUGGAACAAUGGAUCGCGGAGAGAGAAUUGGUCGCGGGAAGCCACGAGUUGGGCCAGGAUUAUGAUCACGUGACGCUCUUGUGGGAGAGAUUCAAAGAGUUCGCUCGAGACACGGAAGCGAUAGGCUCCGAGAGAGUUGCAGCGGUGAAUGGCAUCGCAGAUUCGUUGAUCGCAGCUGGCCAUUCCGACGCAGCGACUAUCGCCGAAUGGAAGGAUGGCUUGAACGAGGUCUGGCAAGACUUGCUCGAGCUGAUCGAGACGCGUACGCAAAUGCUGCAAGCUAGCCGCGAGCUGCACAAGUUCUUCCACGAUUGUAAGGAUGUGCUGGGCAGAAUUCUGGAAAAACAAAACGCCAUGUCCGACGAUCUUGGUCGCGACGCUGGCUCUGUGUCUGCUCUUCAACGAAAGCACGGUAAUUUCAUGCAAGAUCUGUCCACGCUGCAGAGUCAAGUAUCGCAGAUCCAGGAGGAAUCUGCUAAGCUGCAAGCAAGCUACGCCGGCGACAAGGCCAGGGAGAUAACAAACCGCGAGGGAGAAGUUGUGGCUUCGUGGAACAAUCUCCAGUCGCUCUGCGACGAAAGAAGAGCGAAAUUAGAGGACACCGGCGAUCUAUUCCGCUUCUUCAACAUGGUCAGAACUCUAAUGAUCUGGAUGGAUGACGUCGUGCGUCAAAUGAACACCUCUGAGAAGCCUCGUGACGUCGCUGGUGUCGAGCUUCUGAUGAACAAUCAUCAGAGUUUGAAGGCUGAGAUCGACGCCAGAGAGGACAACUUAAUGGCGUGUAUUAAUCUAGGAAAGGACUUAUUAGCUAGGAACCAUUAUGCCAGUACUCAAAUCAAGGAAAAAUUGGCAGCUCUCACUGAUCAUAGAAACGCAUUGCUGCAUAGAUGGGAAGAACGUUGGGAGAACUUGCAGCUCAUUCUGGAAGUCUAUCAAUUCGCCAGGGAUGCCGCGGUCGCUGAGGCAUGGCUAAUUGCUCAAGAACCAUAUCUUAUGAGCCAAGAACUUGGUCACACGAUCGAUGAAGUUGAGAAUCUAAUUAAGAAACAUGAAGCAUUCGAAAAGUCGGCAGCUGCACAAGAGGAAAGGUUCAGUGCCUUGCAUCGACUCACCACGUUUGAGUUGAAAGAGUUGAAGAGAAGAGAACAGGAGCGGGAGGAAGAAGAGAAACGUAAGAAAGAAGAAGCAGCAGCAGCCGAGGCAGCUCGAUUAGCUAAAGCAACGCCGGUAACUAGUCCAGAUGAACCGCCCAGUGAAAGAGCCGAAGCUGAUGGUGUAACUAGUGGAGAACGUCCUGCCGGCGAAGACGAAUCACAUGUGGCACAUCGCAAGGCUUCUACACGUACACCACAGCCUCAAGAUAAACCGAAGGAAGUGCAUGCUCAGAAACCUGCACGUCUAUCUAUGCGAGGAGAAGCAACACCAUCCGCUACUUCCUCACCCAUGAAAUCUGCACAAGGUCUAUCCAGUCCAACAACUCCAAAAGGUGGAAGCGGUUCCGAGUCUGGUACUUUAAGACGUAAGGAACGUAGUCGCAGCAAGUCGCCAUUCAGAAGUUUCCGCUGGAGAAAAUCUGCCAAGUCGCCGAGUUUAGAUCGCAGUGGCGUGAGUGACGAUGAACGCAGCAUUUCCGAGCAACGAAGUCCUACCGAUGACGAAUUCGAAGGCGUAUUGCAAAGAAAACACGAAUGGGAGAGCACAACAAAGAAGGCGUCCAAUCGGUCCUGGCACAAGGUGUACAUGGUUGUUCGUGGCCAAAGUUUGUGCGUAUAUACGGACCAAAAAUCGUACAAAGCAGCUCCUGAUCAAUCGUACAAGGGAGAAAGUCCUCUCGAUCUGAGAGGUGCAACUAUUACCGUAGCGAACGAUUACACCAAGAAGAAACACGUCUUCCGAGUAAAAUCGCAAAGCGGAUCCGACUUCCUGUUCCAGGCCAAAGACGAUGCUGAGAUGAACGAAUGGGUUACAAUGCUGAAUCAAGCAGCACAGGGUGCAUCAGGUGCAAGUACGUCCAGGGCACAUACUUUGCCCGCGCCCACACAAGCCGAAACCAAGCGGCGUAGCUUCUUCACUCUCAAGAAAAACUAAACCGGAGCAGUGAAGUUCGGUAUAAGCCGCUCAGCACAACACACGCGUUUAAAGAGAAAUGUUUCGUCGCUCUGUGUGGUUAAAGCAACGCUAACAUAACAAAUUAGGUGACAUACACACGGCCAUGGUGUUUUACGAAAUGAAUUGAAGGACGACCUUUACUAAAUGAGUCAUUUAACGAAAUGCCUACAUCUCGACUACUAUCAGCCACGGAAUAAUAGAAUAUUUAAACAGCUGUCCUGUAUGUGUUAAAUACUUCACGUGCGGUAGGCCAUUCGAAGUCUAAUUGCGUUUUUAGUUCUUCAAGGAAUUUUUGGACACUUUGCAAUAUACCGCUAGUUGAGAAAGUGACACACAUUCGAUAUGUCCCAUGUUAGCGUGAUCGAGCGUUUACUAACUUGGAUGUCUCUACCAUCAUCAAAAAGUUUAUCGUACAUGUUAUUAUUUAAUGUACUCUAUCGUGAAACAUCUUCUCAACCUAUUUUUUCAAACGUGAUAUACUAUUAUUCGUAAAAGAAAUAAUAUAAAUUAAUUUCAUAUGGUAUUAUCUUGUCUGUAAUAUCGCUUUACGUAAAUUUUAAUCGAAACAAAAAAUGGUUUUUAAAGCUAUUUUUUGAUUGCUGCAAGAGUUCUAUCAGCUAGUAAACAUACCACUGUAUGCUGAAAAUGGUAGUAUAUUUACCGAAUAUUUAAUUUGUACAUCAUGAGCAAUUUUUAACGUAUAUAUUGAACAUACCCGUCGCACAAUGAAGUUAUUCGAGUAAACGAGUCUUUGUUUUUUACAUGCUACAUAACGCUUUUACUAUAUAACAGUGCCUUAACAGGACUGUAUUUUCUGUCAUAUUAAAUACUUAUUGAGAGUCUUUGACAAUGUUAGAGUAGUGAAAAUAUCUACACUGCACUAUUUCGUAUUCUGUAUACAAAAUUUGUAGCCAAGCUUUAAAAAUUAUAUUCUGAUCUGUAUCCAGCAAAAGAUUGUUUAUAGAACUUACGCAGCAACCCGUUGUCUAUUGUAGGCAAAAGUAACGUUUUUUGAUUUAUGAUUUAACCCCUCUUAAUUUUAUUUCAGAAAAGGGUUCAGCCGACUUUUUAAUUUUCUCACAUUUCUUUCGCCUCUGUACUUCUUAUUAUAUGAUUUUGCGUUUUUCUGCAAACGAUAUGUUUGCGUUUCGAUGACUGCCAUAUAUUUUUAAGAAGCACACUAACUUGGGACAUGAUAUAUAAAUAUAUAAAUAAAUAUAUAAAUAUUAUAUAUAUAAAUAUAAAUUAGCUUUUAACAAAUUGUUAAAUAUGCUGAGCCCUACGGGAAUAACGCAUUGGAGAAUUAUAAAGAAUGGAACACUGUAAUAAUUCGAAAAAUUUCCUCUUAUAAAGAUCCCAAAUAUCAUGAUUCUAUGAAAUUAAAGACAAGAAGAAGGGACGUUUAAGUGUUUUUUAAACUUCUCUGCGCGCAAUGCAAGUUCUUAUCAAGCGUGUGCUUACACUAAAAUCACAUUAAUCGAUGUUGAUUCAAACUAAAAGUGUCCCGCUUGAUUUCAACUGAAUUAUCGCGUUGUGACUUGUGCGAUUGUUAACUUUCUUUAUUUUUCGUUUUUAAAUAUUUAUGACGUUCGUUUUGUUUCGUAUAGCAUGUAAGAAUAAGAUCAACGCGAAGUUUAUGAAGGAUCGUGCUCGAAACUUGUUCGGCACGGACUAACCAUUGACUUUUAGAGAAAAUUUAUUUGUAUUCUAUCGUCUCAUUUCAAUGCGACUCGAUCAACCUGAUGUCGACUUGUUCCAUAUUUCGGAAUGAACCUUUUUUUACUUAUCGGUAACAACAAUUUUCAUAAUGUUCCUCUGCAUAGCACAUGCCGAGAAUGUGUUUCACGAAACGUUUCAUGUUUUUUUUACCUACUGUACCAUGCGCUUCACUGAUUUGUACAUACAAUCACGGGUAACGCAAUAUGCUUAAUAUAAGGUUGAAAAUGAUGGUAAUAACAGUCUAAUCAAAAUCAGCAACACUUUCGCUUUUUUCUAAUUUAAUGCAUGUGCAUUUAGUAGAUAUUUUUUAAAUAUUCAGAGUCGCAUUGCUACACUACACACAACUUGAUAUUUCAUAGCUAUGUGUUUUAUAUAUAAAUAUAUGUAUAUAUAUA